CCUGGUCAGAUCAUUUGUGCUUCUGGGGAGAGAACUCCCAUGGCUUGCAGACUUAGAGGAAGCUCCAGGGGAGGCAGGCCGGCUGAUGGUGGUGGCAUGUCUGGGGUUGGUGCAGUGAGGUGGUAGGAGCACUGCUGGCGGCGGAUCGCGUCAGACAGCCAAAUGGCUCGCAAGAGGCCAUGGAAGGCACAAUUUGCUGAGGGUGGAGGUGAGUGCUGGGGAUUGUGGUGUUUAUCUCAGGAAGCAGCAGUACACAGAUGAACGAACAUAGCUUGAAGUCAUUUGAUGCAAGAUGGACAGCUGGGAGUGCCACCUGAGGGAAAACAAAAUCUCACGGCCACUCUGGUAUUCACUUCCUGAUUCUCCGAAGGAUUGAUUCUGGUGGGGAGCAGGUGAGAAUAAAUUCUGAAGUGAUGCCUGUGGCAAAUGAAUGGGGAGCAGCGGGAAGUGGGUUUUUUAGCUCCCAGCUUGUAGUGCAAAUGGAGAAGUGAUUCUUGUCAGCUCCCCACCAGAAUCCAGUUGCAUUUUAAGUGUUUGGCAGCGCUCUGCGGAAACUGUGAGUGAAAUUGGGGCUUGGAGCUGUGCCAAAGGGUCCCUCAAUUGCCUGAUAUAUAGCAUUCUCCUUUUUUCUAAUGUGGGGACAUUUCAUUUUGAUGUUUUAUUCUUGGAUUAUUGAAUUGAUGGUAGUUUUCUAUGAGAAGAGCAGGGAAAUAAGUUUUGAAUGUAAUAAAAUAAAAAAGAUGAGCCCAACUAGAGCCCGAAGGAAAAUAGAGGUGGUCAUACGGCAGCUCCUGCUUACCUCAUUGGAUGAUUCUAAUGGGAAAAUUCGCACUGCUAUUAGCAUGGCUGUAGCAGCUAUUGGACAGCAAGACUGGCCUGAAGACUGGCCUGAGUUGCUUCCAGUUCUCUUAAAGUUAAUUGGUGAUCAAAGCAAUGGGAAUGGAGUUCGUGGAGCAUUAAGAUGCCUAGCCCUUCUAUCGGAUGAUCUAGAUGAUACGUGUGUUCCAAAGCUAGUGCCAGAGCUAUUCCCAUCACUGUAUAGAAUAAUAUCAUCUCCCCAUCUGUAUGAAAAUUCUCUUCGCGCAAAGGCUUUCGCAAUAGUCCAUUCAUGUAUUUCCAUGCUUGGAUCAAUGAGUGGUGUCUAUAAGAGAGAUACAGCUAGUUUGAUAACUUCGAUGCUUGAUCCACUAAUAGAGCAAUUCUCCAUAGUUCUAAAUUCCCCGGUGCAGUCCCAAAAUCCUGAUGACUGGAGCAUGCAGAUGGAGGUGCUCAAAUGUUUACUUCAGCUUGUCCAGAACUUUCCUAGACUGCCUGAAGCUAAAAUUUCUGCCAUUCUUCCUGCACUGUGGCAGACAUUUGUUUCGUCUUUCAAGACCUAUCACCUGUCAUACAUUCAAGGUGCAGAUGAUUUGGAUUCUGUUAGUUAUGAUUCUGAUGGCAGUGAAAGAAGUCUUGAGUCCUUUGAGAUUCAGUUAUUUGAGCUAUGGACAACAAUUGUGGGGAAUUCUAGAUUAGCAAAGGUCAUUGGGGGGAACAUUAAGGAGCUAGCAUACUAUACUAUAGCCUUGCAACAAAUAACUGAAGAACAGGUGCAAAGCUGGUCUCGUGAUGCUAACCAGUAUGUAGCUGAUGAGGAUGACCUAACCUAUAGCUGCCGUGUGUCUGGGUCUCUUUUGCUGGAAGAGGUAGUAACGGCUUAUGAAGAUUAUGGAAUUGACUCAAUUUUGGAAGCUUCACAAAUGCGUUUUCAUGAAUCACGAGAAUUGAAGGAAGCGGGUUCUGCUGACUGGUGGAGACUGCAUGAAGCAUCACUUUUUGCUCUAGGUUCACUGUCAGAACAGUUGUCUGAAGCGCAGGAUUCUGGUUUGACAAAAUACAAUGUGCGGGAUUUACUUGAGCAAAUGCUAAUUGACAUUAUGGGAACAGGGGUGCAUCAGUACCCAUUUCUCCAUGCGCGUGCAUUUUCUAAUGUGGCUAAGUUUUCUACGGUGAUAAGUAAAGGGAUCAGUGAACAAUAUCUAUGCAAUGCGGCUCAUGCAAUUGCCUCAGAUGUGCCGCCCCCAGUUAAAGUUGGUGCUUGUAGGGCACUGGCCCAACUUUUACCAGAGUCUAAUCAGAAUCUGAUUCAACCAAACAUUAUGGGCAUACUCUCAUCUCUUGUUGAUCUUCUGCGGCAGGCAUCUGAUGAAACGCUGCAUCUUGUUCUAGAAACCCUGCAAUCAGCAAUUAAAUCUGGUGGAGAACAAUCAACUUUAAUUGAGCCUGUCAUUUCCCCCAUCAUACUGGAUGUUUGGGCACAACACAUUGCUGACCCGUUCAUCAGCAUUGAUGCUGUCGAAGUGUUAGAGGCCAUCAAGAAUUCUCCUGGAUGCUUACAGCCACUUGUUUCUCGAAUCCUCCCAACAAUUGGAUCCAUUUUAGCGAAACCCAAGGUCCAGCCAGAUGGACUGGUUGCAGGUUCACUGGACCUUUUGACGAUGGUACUCAAAAAUGCUCCAGCUGCUGUGGUUAAAGCAGUCUUCGACACAUGCUUUGUUUCUACUGUUCAAAUUGUUCUUGAAAGUGAUGACCAUGGAGAGAUGCAGAAUGCGACAGAAUGCUUGGCAGCAUUCAUAUCAGGUGGCCAGCAGGAGUUGCUUGUCUGGGGUGGUGAACAAGGACACACACUCAAGAUGCUACUUGAUGCAGCUUCAAGGCUUUUAGAUCCAGCGCUAGAAAGUUCAGUAUCACUCUUUGUUGGAAGCUUUGUCUUGCAACUCAUUUUACAAAUACCUCUACACCUGUCUCCCCACAUACCGGAUCUUAUUGCUGCUAUUGUGAGACGUAUGCAAACAAGCAGCAUCACAGGAUUGAAAAGCUCGCUUAUUGUUAUAAUAGCCAGAUUAGUACAUAUGAGUGCACCAAAUGUUGAUGGGUUCAUCAAUCUAUUGCUUUCUAUCCCUGCACAGGGGUAUGGCAAUUCACUUGUUUAUAUUAUGUCAGAAUGGUCACAACUACAAGGUGAAAUUCAGGGAGCCUACCAGAUAAAGGUAACAACGACUGCAUUAGCUCUUCUCAUAUCAACUCGUCAUCCUGAGCUAUCCAAGGUUGAAGUUCAAGGGCAUCUUAUUAAGACUAGUGCAGGUAUAACGACACGUUCAAAAGCUCGAGUGACUCCUGAUCAAUGGACCAAGAUUCCACUUCCAGCUAAGAUCUUCUCAUUGCUAGCAGAUACUUUAGCUGAAAUUCAGGAACAAAUUGGUGCUGGUGAUGACGAUGACUGCGAAGAGGAUAGUGACUGGGAAGAAGUGCAGAAUGGUGACGCUAGUAUAUCAGAUGAUAUCAUACAUUCAGCAUCUGUUCCUUCAAUCGCUAAUCCAUCAGUUGAACAUUUAAAUGCAAUGGCGAAAGUUUUUGAUGAGGAUGAUGAUGAUAGUUAUGAUGAUGAUCUGACAAAAACCGAUCCUCUUAAUGAGGUGAAGUUAGCGGACUUCCUGACAAACAUCUUUGCCAACUUGUGGGAGAAUGAUCGACCAAUGUUUGAAUAUCUUUGCCAGGGCCUAUCGGAUUCACAGAGGUCAGCUGUUGAACAGGUUUUGAGGAGGUGAAGAGUUAACAUGAUUGGGAUCCCGUUAUGCAUCUUUUGGGAUAUAUAUUUCAUAUUAGUUAGCGAGUCUUGUAGGCAUUGCUGUGUACUGGUUUUCAUGCUUGUUAUAUGUUUAUUGGUGCAAAACCUGAUACAUCUCUGAAGCUGGUGUUGUGAGGUUUUGUUAGUGUAGGUUUCUUUAUGUUCUUUGUAUUUAAAAUCUACAAGAUGUGUCUUUGUUGUAUUGGGUAUGGUGAUGUUGGGUAUUCAUGCCUGAAGAAUUCCCAGCUUCAGGUGUUCUUGACGUUGAAUUUCUCCGGAGGGGCCUUGUUUCCUUGGCUUUAUUCAUCAGUUUAUUCAUGUAUGGACUAGUUAAGCUCCA